AGCAAACUCUGGGACUGGGAAAUGACGCCAUGUUCAUUUGUCAUGACACGUUAUAACGUUCGACAUCACCGCGUUCUUCUACAUAUUUAAUUAUAAUUAAAUUCAUUUUAAAUAAAGUUUUAAUUAUUUAAAAAUCAAGUGCCGGGUAAUCAUUUAAAAAUCUAAACUACCGAUAAAAUAAAAUAUUUAAAUGGAUUUAAAAUUAAAAAAACGUAAACGCGAAGAAUAUGAAAUGCAGCUCUUUGGCUUUCACUCACGACGCGUUUAUAAAACUCUAACAUCAUUGAUAGGAGAAAAAAUAGAGACCAGAUGUCAAAAAAUUCAUGACGCAUUGGUAAAAAAAUAUGAACUUGUCGGGGAAGAUGCUGAGUUAUUAGAGAAAAAUAGAAAAAAAUUAACGACUGCUUACUAUCGAAAGUGUAGGAGUUAUUUACCUCGAAUUAAGAAUUGCGUUGAUAAAUUAGUUUCCAUACCUCAGCACAUCCUGCUGGAAGAGGACAAAAUCCAAGCAACGCAAUUCACUGCUGAAGAAUUUGAACAGAUGAACAAAAAUUUGCAAGACCUGCAACAAAGAAUCAAACGAGCGACUAUGCUCAAUGGUGUCCUGAAGCAAGAGCUAGAUGUGGCCCAGGAUUUUGAAAAUAAUGUAAAUGUGUCAAAUAGAUUGUGUACUGCAAUUGAAAAUGGGAUUCAGUACCCAGAAGUUGAUGAAAUUAUGACGACAGUUGUUGGUCAGCUAAAAGAAAUUGAUUGUGAGGUUGAUGAAUUCUGUAUAAAUGGUAGACACAAAAAUAACUGUCUAGGAUUUACGGCUCGAGAAUUUAAUACCAAUGACUUAUGA